AUGCCCGAGUCCCCUCGGUAUCUGAAUUCUCGCGAUCGCACUGAAGAGGCAUGGGAGAUUGUCAAGCGACUACAUGCUGUCAGAAAUGAGCCGGGAGCCCACGAGUCUGUUACAAGGGAAUUCUAUCAGAUGAGGAAGCAGAUCGAGUUGGAUCGCCGCUUUCAGACUUCAUAUUGGGGUACUCUUACGACUCCUUCGCUACACUAUGGGUCCGUCGUGUGGUCAAGCCUUGGCUUCGACACCCUCCAGGUCCCAGGGUUUCAAGUCGGAUUCCAAUCCAUUGGGCUUGUAACCAAUGCUCUUUCUAUGUCAUGGGUUGACCACAGGCCCCGGCAUUGGGACAUUGCCUUCGGGCUUGAUACCUGUGCCGUCUUAAUGGCCAUUGAAGCCGCAUUGCAGCGACUAUCGCGGCUGCAUAAGCCGCUGGAGGAGAUCGCAGCCUUGUUUGGUGGUGCGGAUCAAGUGGUGGUGUAUCAACGGGAGUUGAUUAGGGAGGGAAACUAUUUGGAGGAUAUUGGUAUGGUAUUGAGCCAAGGGGGAGGCCAUUGA